GUCACGUGACUGGGCGCUGGGCUGGAGGGAGCCGGGAGUUCGCCUGAGGGAAGAGGAGUGAAGAGGAGGGGUCGCGGCGGCGGCAGCGGCGGCGGUGCUGACAAUGAGUUUUCUUGGAGGCUUUUUUGGUCCCAUUUGUGAGAUCGAUGUUGUCCUUAAUGAUGGGGAAACCAGGAAAAUGGCAGAAAUGAAAACUGAAGAUGGCAAAGUAGAAAAACACUAUCUCUUCUAUGAUGGAGAAUCUGUCUCAGGAAAGGUAAACCUAGCCUUUAAGCAACCUGGAAAGAGGCUAGAGCACCAAGGAAUUAGAAUUGAAUUUGUAGGUCAAAUUGAACUUUUCAAUGACAAGAGUAAUACUCAUGAAUUUGUAAACCUAGUGAAAGAACUGGCCUUACCUGGAGAACUGACUCAGAGCAGAAGUUACGAUUUUGAAUUUAUGCAAGUUGAAAAGCCAUAUGAAUCUUACAUCGGUGCCAAUGUUCGCUUGAGGUAUUUUCUUAAGGUGACAAUAGUAAGAAGACUGACAGACUUGGUAAAAGAGUAUGAUCUUAUUGUUCACCAGCUUGCCACCUAUCCUGAUGUUAACAACUCUAUUAAGAUGGAAGUGGGCAUUGAAGAUUGUCUGCAUAUAGAAUUUGAAUAUAAUAAAUCAAAGUAUCAUUUAAAGGAUGUGAUUGUUGGAAAAAUUUACUUCUUAUUAGUAAGAAUAAAAAUACAACAUAUGGAGUUACAACUUAUUAAAAAAGAGAUCACAGGAAUUGGACCCGGCACCACAACAGAAACAGAAACAAUCGCCAAAUAUGAAAUAAUGGAUGGUGCACCUGUAAAAGGUGAAUCCAUUCCAAUAAGACUAUUUCUAGCAGGAUAUGACCCUACCCCAACAAUGAGAGAUGUGAACAAGAAGUUUUCCGUGAGGUACUUCCUGAAUCUUGUGCUUGUGGAUGAAGAAGACAGACGGUACUUCAAGCAGCAGGAGAUCAUUUUAUGGAGAAAAGCUCCGGAAAAACUGAGGAAACAAAGAACAAACUUUCACCAGCGGUUUGAAUCUCCAGAGUCACAGGCAUCUGCAGAGCAGCCCGAAAUGUGAACUGAACAGGAAAAACAACAACUAAGAACUGUAACCUGGAGAUUACGUGCAGCAGGUUAAAGGUGGUUGCAGCGUGUAGGGGGAAAAGGCCAAAACUCCACAUAGAAUAGUCUUCCUGUAUCUUACAGUGCUGCAUUUAUUUUACGAUGUAACUAAAUAUUCUUCCUGUAAAUACAUUUUACAAAGUGCUUUCUUUGAAACACUGGAAAUUUCUUAAGCUGCCUUUUUUUUAACUGCACAUUUUGAUUUGAUAAUAAGCACUCAGAUUUGCAUCAGCAUAAACAUUAAAGACUGUCCCAUGAGUAGGCUGGGGUUUGUAAUUUUGCUUUCGGUAUAAUAUUAUAUUUUUCUUCUCCAUUUUCAUGCUAACGAUUACCUCUUAUUCUCUACAUGCAAAAAAUUAACUAUUUUGUGUUCAAAUGAAAUUUAAAAACCUGAGUGGCCCUUAUAUUCUGCAGAGAAUUAAAACAUGGCAUCUCAGUAUUUCUGAGGUCAACACUUGUUUUUACAUCGUGUUUGGGAAAGGCACAUGGAAUGUUCGCUGUGCCUGCCUUUCCGUGCUUCCUGAACUCUGUCCACUUUAACGUUUGCUGUGGAAUGGCAAGUUCUACGUGGCAUGUUAUUAGGACCUGUUUUCCCCUUUGGGCCACGUUGAGCAAUCCCUGUUUCUGCUACUUGUCAGCUGUGCUGCCACACACGCCUACUCCGAAACCAGUGUGUCUAUGUAUGUGUUUAAUUUAAGGACUCUUUUUUUGCCACAUGUAUGCAAAAACCAUUUUCUUCAUUCUCUUCAAUUUUCAGGGGAAAAGUUUGGGAUGGUGGACUCAGGAGGACCUGUGAAAUGUAGUUAUUCAGAUCUUGACAAUUUUAUGUUUGUUAAACUUUUUGGCUAGUCCAAACUUAAACAGUCUGUCUUAGUUUUUAACACUAAAUCCAAGUCAUUUGUCUCUUAAAAAAAAAAAAGUUGCAGUCACUGGUUCAUAUGCAGGGGGUCUGAUCUCAAGUACACUAAGAUGUGUAGAAGCAAAAGGAAGCCUUCUCUGGGGAAACUGCUUUCACUUAUGACUCAUUGGUUUUGUACCAAUAUUUUUUAAAAUACACUUCAGUGUAAGUUUUGUCAGUUAACCUUACUUUAUGAGUAAGCUAAAUAACCCAAAUUACAUUCUUUAAGCCUGUUUUACUACUAUGGCACUUUGAUCAAUGGUCAGUAACCCAUUUCUUUACUGGCAAAGGCUCCGUAUGCCAUGUGCUGGAGCGUCUGUUCUGAAUGUGGCGGUAUCUGUGGAUGCUCAUGUUUCCUUCAUGUAAGUGCCUGCUCAGAGUUUCAGACUUUAAAAAUGCCAAAUAUUUUCAUGGUCACUUGCAUGUAGUAAAGCUAGAAAAUAUUCAAAGAGAUUUUGAAAACCAAUUGUAUUUAACCAGCCUCAAAUUGUGCAACCAUGAUGUAUAAUAAAGAAUUUCAAACAGA